AUGGGGCGCAUUCUGGAGUGGAAAUAUUCGGCGGGGGCGGUCCGUCCGUUUUCCGGACGGACGGAGCCGGACGACCGCUGGGCCCGCAGGGCAAGACGAGGCGGAUUCUACAAUGGGCAGUGGAGGCCCGCGGGCGGGGUUUCCGGAGCGGGGCCUGGAGAGCCCUCUCAGCCCCGCCUCCGAAACCCCGGCACUGCCCUAGGCCCCGCCCCAGGCUCCGGCUCCGCCUCCGGAGCCCAGACCCCGCCCCGGCACUGUCCAAGCCUCGGCUCCGCCUCCGAAGCUCAGGCCCCGCCCCAGGCCCCGGCUCCGCCUCCGAAGGCCCUCCCCGCCGCUGAGGACCCGGAAGUGCGGGGCUGUGUGCUGAGGGGCCCGCCCGGGACACCCCUGUCACAUCGCACCGCCAGUGCUGUGGGCUCUGCCCCCGAGCGGGUCCCGGCCCUCUACGUGGACGCCUGGCCCUGGGCUUCCCCGCCGGCCUCCCCUGGGCCCUGCUUCCGCCCUGCACCCCGCGCUCGGCGCCUGUCGCCGGCGCCGCCGCGCUGA